CAACACUACUAUAUAACAAAUAAUUUGAGGGGCAUGGGAAGGUGAAAUAGGUGAGGUUAUGGAUGACUUAUCUGCUGCGCAAGGAAAUGACCAGAGUUUGUACCAAUGUGUGUCGGAACUAAAAGCCACAGAAAGGAAGUACCACGAGCAGUUACGCUACUUAUCGGACCUCUACAUCCUUCAUCUAAAUGAACACGGUCAAAGGUAUCAACAGGAGACGAGCUCUAAACAUAGGACAUGUGUCAUAUCGGUGGAAGAAGUCGAGAAAAUGCUCCUCACCAAAAUAAAAGAUAUGAUGGAAAUUAGCGUGGUUCUUUACACUGAGUUAGCUGAGCGAUUAACAGAUUGGGAUGAGGAAUCUUCUCAAAUAGGGGACCUCUUUCUUGGCAAACCGGACUUGUGGGAUCUGUACGAUUACUUCUCCAAAAACUUGGAGUCCGCACUAGGAACGUACGACGAGAAGAUGAUGAGUUCUGAUUUUGCUGCCCUCGUCUCUUUAAAGCAGGGAAUGGAUAAUAUCUCUCUCAAAGAUCUUAUCUUGCUUCCUAUCGAACGUCUAAAGUGCUACAAGGAAUUCUUCGACACAUACCUUGAACGAACGGUGAAUUCUGCACAUAGUUUCGGUCACCCUGACUUUUCCGACUUUAUGCAGUGUAAGAAAAAAGUGGAAAAUAUGAUUCCAACGAACUACGACGAGAUCGUGAACAAGAAAAAAGUUGACGACUACAAGAAAAUAGAGUCCCUACUAGGGGACCAGAUGGCUCCAGAGUUCACUGCCUUCAUCAAGCACAUCCACGAGGAACCUGCUUCGUCGAAGAGUUGGAAGAAAAGAUCGUACAAGAAAACUCCCAGCAAGUUGAUGAAGUCGGAGUCGUCGGACAAGAACUCAAAUUAUGAUCAGGUUGAGAUUGGUGGGAGGAAGUUUAAGGAAGAGUCCAUUGCGCCUGAUAUUUUGAACGCCUUGAGAAAGGAUGAGGAAACUCAGGUGAUGGUGGGGAUGGUUUCUCCAAGUCGUCCCACUUCUGAGAGCAACUCUGCGUGUGACAACUAUGUUACUAUGGAAGAUAAGGUGAAAGUAAGAGGAGAUAACGAAGUGCAGUUUCACACCUACACCCUCCUCCUCUUCAAUCAGUGCCUCAUCUUCUCCAAAGUCCGACCCCGCUCCAUGAAGAUAUCUCGAAUCAUAAAACUCCGCAACAUGUGGGUAUCAGAAUACAAGGAAGAGAUAGGAUUCGGUCAGGUGGAGAAGCAAGAGAACACCUGUAUCGGAGGCUGGCUCGGUACUGAGGGUUGGGAAGACGAUGAGUUACUCCAGUUUCACAGGGUUAUCUUCCAAUUUCCUAACAGCCACGUUAGACGCCACUGGUUUACCUUGAUUCAGAGGUAUAUUAAACAUUCUCGAGAUAAGAUCCCCGUUACCUCGGGGACUAUCAAGGUGUAUUUUAAGGGCAGUGACAGCAGGUUGUCCUUGCCAAUUGACAGUAUUUGGAUGGGGAUGUCUUGUCAGGACCUGCAGAUUAAUAUAACUCAAACUGUCGAGGAGGUCAUCAAGAACGCAGUGUCAACUUGUCAAAUGAUAGACAACGUCUCAGCGUACACUCUUACAUUUAUCAUUCUUCAAGACACUAAAAUCAUGUUUGAGGAACAGUUGUUCCUGAUGGAGAUGCCACUGAUUAUUCAAAACGACACUAAGACUAUGUUUUCUGAUCAGACUAUGGAGCCUAUAUUCAUAUUGCGUCACAACAUCAUCUCCAAUGUUUCGGUACCCCCGUCUCGACAGCGGGCCAGUACUCUGACUCAGUUUUUUCGGCGCGGUGGGCGCGGCGCUGCCCCAACCCCGUAUUCUAGGCUGUCUACGAUGUCAGACAUGCAAGUAGCCACAGAGGCUUCCUCCAACAAGAUGUUUGGACUAACAAUUAGCAAAUUUUUUAGUAUCAACACCGGAUCACAGGAAAUACCCACUCCUCUUCUCGAUGUCCUAAUUUAUAUUUAUACUGACUGUUUUGUUAGUGAAGGAAUAUUCAGAAAGCCGGGGUCCAGGGCCGUCCAGAGGCAAAUAGAAGCAAAGUUAGACAAUGGCGAAACGAUAGACUGGGUCGCUGAACAGAUGCAAGCUAAAUGCUAUCUUCCUAAUGUAGCUUCCUCUCUCCUCAAGAACUACUUCAGGUCCAUUCCUGAUGGCCUGUUCCCAAAAGUACUGUUCCCUGAAUUUGAGAAAUGGAGAACUGAUGGAAGUGACGCCGGUGGCAUAAUGUCCAUUCUGGCAAAAAUUCCUGACCAGAACAUGACCGUGAUACGGUACACCUUCCACGUUCUGAAGCGUAUUGUAGAUAACAAUGCAGUUAACCUGAUGACUGCUGACAAUCUGUCCACAUGUAUCGGACCAAGUUUGGUCACGUGGCCGGAGGAUGCCAACGCUCUGAGUAUUCACGCAGAUCAGAACAGAACGCAAACACCUAGUGUGGUGGUAGCUUUCCUUUUGGAGAGAGUGUUCGAACUGUUCGGACCUAUACCUACGGUCCUCUCUAAGAGUGCUGUCAAGGACGAAGAGGUUUCAUCAAGAAGAAGCAGGUUGAGUAACGAAGCGAACCAAGAUGCGGACAGUAGUGAAGAUGAAGGAGAAAAGAGCAACUUGUGGCUUAGAACCCUCCUUCGGAGCAGUAUCAACGAGCACAGCACAAGCAGCUCCAUGUUCGUGGAGAUCGGAUCUCCUCCUCUCCUUUCGUUGGGCAAACGGACGCCGAGUCCUGUUUUGGCUCCGAGUCCUGUUUCGGCUCCGAGUCCUGUUUUGGCUCCUGUUGUGGUGCCUCAAACUGUUCUCAUGGAGCAACCACGCAUACUUACUAUCCACUCUCAAGCACUUCAGGUACUAAAAAGUCCGUUGUCAGUGUCUCCAGAACAAUGUGAUUUACCUGACACAGACCACACUCCCACCGAAUCUAAAACUUUCUUCCGGUUCUCUUCCAAGAAAGGAAGGAGCAGCAAAUCUUCUUCGGACGUGAGUGGCGGAGGAGGCUGUCCGGAGGUGGUAAGAAAGAAAGGAACUGGUUUGAGAAGAUCAAGGAAGACGAAGAAAGAAGAUAAGGAACUUAAGUGCUCUUCUGUUUCUGAUAUCUCGUCUGAAGAAGAGUACAAGAAAGACAACGUCUUCACUCGGAACACACGAAGCAUCAGAGAGAAAAGUGGAGGAGAAAGUUCGAGAAAACAGCGACCAACGAGAAGUGUCGAGGAAGAGCCGACACCGACAGAAAUCAAGAAGACGGGAAGUUUCUCCUCUGGCAGCAGAGUUGAGGGCAGAGUUAAGAGUUUUAUUGAACAAGAAAGAAGUGAAGUACUCCUGGCUAGGGGGAGUCCUGGGGCAGGUUACAGAGAGCACAGGACUCUCAGUGCUGAUGAUAAGGAUGAUAUUCAGAAGAUAAAAGAGCACCCUGUGGCGAAACGAGUUUUGGUUAAACACAAAUCGACCAAAGCAGCUGUGUGUGUGCAACAUUCAUACCCUGAACAGUCCACGUCUUCGUCCCAGUCCUAUAGUUCUCUGCAGCACUGUACCUCUCUGCACGAAACCCCCUCUCCGGGCCCUGCUAAGGAGGGGCACGACCUCGCACAUCUUGUAGAGAGUCUAGAAAAACUGACCAAUCCUCGACUUGCACCCUACCGCAAAUUUGGAGGGUCAAUCGGUACGGAGUCAGGGACGAGCUCAAACGAUGAUGAGAGUGUCGUGGAACAAGAAUCCUACGUUUGACCCGUCUGCGAAAGUCUCACAAAUGUGCGAAUCUCAGCUUCAUUCUCAUUUCUUUACACUUAUGCAUUAGCUAGAAGCGUUAUUGGGUCAACUAAUGUGCAUGCAUCAAACUUGGAAAAUAAUUUUUCAACGUCAAGAAACCGCGAGGAUUCUAAAUAUUCUGCCGAUGAAUAACUGCAAGAAAGGAUAGCGUUUAGGUCACUGAUCCAGCCUUGGUGUAUAGAAACUGAUCAAUUUUAAGAACUACCACGCCACCAGUCACCACUAUUGACACCGGCAAGACCACUAAUGACUAACUUAUUACCUCGUACUGAUGACCAAGAUUAUUGUUAAUUACUUAAUGGCGGUAUAAACUAAAACUUACUGGAGUGUGGAUUUAUAUUGACAUUGUAUUAUAUUUAUAGAUAAGUAACAUUUUUAUUUUUAUACUUUUCGUGACUAAACGAUGAUGACUACUCAAAUUAUUUUGAUUUUAUAUUCAACGGAAAUUUUCUAUUCUAAUCUGUUGUUCGUAACAUGGUAUGUUCUGAAUGUUAAUUGAUGAAGACCCCGACCCCCCCCCCCCCCCCGGCCCCCGGCCCUCUUAACCAUGUAUUAUAAACUAUUUACCCUUGAGAUUUAUAUUGUUUUGAUACUAAUGCCGUGCUGAGGACAUCAGCCUUGGAGGUGUUCCCAAAGUGACGUCAUUCGAGAACGCUCUUUUUACAAAAUUAACCUUGAAAAUGAGUGAUUAAACUACAAAUUAUUUUUGAUAAUAACUUUCAGGACAGGAAAUAAAACGAUUCUAAACAAACAAGCGCUUGAUUUGAUGAAAUAUAGUUUUAGUUUCACCGGCUCAUUCUAGGCCAUAAUAUUUCUUCUGUUCUUUAUUUGAUCUCUCAUAUUUUGCGACGUAAUAUUAAUGAAACGUUUUGUGAUACUGAUACUGUAAAAUAUUCAAGGCUGGUUUUCAUUUUAUUAAGUUAUUCCAUUUCUUAACCAUGUAAGACGAUUAACUUAACGCUAAUUAUGCUUUAAGUUAACUAAUAUAACAACCUUUGCAUAACUUAAAAUAAGUUUUUGGAAUUGGAAAUUAUUAUUUAGUGCAACUGUGGGAUCACUGCUUGGUCCUAAAAGUAUUAUGCUAAAUGUUUAAACUGUAUAUAAUUAUGUUGUCCACUUACUUGUUACUUGAUCCCUUGUUUUGAAAAUAAUUGCAGACGAUUCUAGAAAUUUUAAUAUCAUCAGAUUGGUUUAUAUUGUAGUCCGAAUUUUUAUUCUUACGACAAUUAUGAUUUAAAUAUACUCAUAGUAUUUGUUAUAUACGUUUGUAAAUUACUAAUUGAAUUUAACUACUACGAAAUGACUAUCAAUGUCUCCUUGAGUUUAACUUUAAAAUAUAUGAGAGAAUUGUGAAAAUUCAAUGAAUUAUAUUUCAUGCCUAUCGAUUAUC